UCGACCAACCACCUUUUCCGGUUGUCAGUGUCCUUGGGGAAGCCAUACAUCUGGACUACUUUCUCGGAUCGAUUGCUGCAUCCAAAGGCUGCACAGCCAACCAUGAAGGAGGUGGCGCCAGAAGGUUAUAGGAGCUGGAGUACAACUAUUGUGCGGAGUUUUUUGAGGAUGGUGCACUCUGACAGUUGCUCAGAUCCACUAACCCACUGGGACGGGAGAAAAUGUAUAUCUUGCCGUCGAGAGCGAGGCCACUAUGUUACGACUAACUGCGGGUAUGAUGACGAUGGUGGAAGGCACGAGCCUGCUUUACAACCAUGCGAGCCCGACACAUUCAACGACGAUGACAGAAGCGCGCACUGUCGGCCGUGUGCGUCCUGUCCUCCUGGGCAAUAUACUACCAGAAAAUGCAACACAACUACUGACACUAUUUGCAGCGACGCAAGAACCACGACGAUCACAGUCCCUGUCACGGAACCAGCGACCUCAUCUGAAGCAACGCACGUUUUCAGCAUCGCAUCAACGGCCCAGACGUACUUCAGUACAUCAGUAUCAGUCAAAGCAGCUUCAGAACUACCCAGUGCAGCAGUAUGGGCAGCACCCUUAACCACUGCAGUCUUCUUCGUGCUUAUCUCCUUAUUCGCUUACAUAGUGGUGGUGAAACGGAAAAGAGGCCAUUACAACUCGUCCUAUACCAAUCCAAGCUUCUCCUCCCUCUCUACUUCACCAGGUAACAGUGAUCUGGAGGAUGUUCUUGAUGCCAAAAUCCUCGCAGCACCUUUACACACAGUGCUGGACAAUCUGGAUGUUUUGGAAGAGCUGGUGAUUUUGCUGGAUCCAGAGUGCGUUGGAACGAAGAACACCAAACACCUUGCUUCACGCUGCUCCUUCCCCUCCAGCUGGAUUACUUACACCUACUCCAUGAAGGAGAGUAAGAGUCCCCUGAGAGCUGUGCUGGAAGGGGUCACCAGCAAACACCCAGACUGGACCGUGGGGCAUCUGGCAAAGCAUCUGCAACAGAUGGAUCGUAAUGACGCCGUCGCCGUUCUUUCCAAACUCAGCCUGAAUGUGGUGGAAGUGUAGUGUUUUGCGCCAGGAAACUUGUGUUUAUGCAGACAAUAGCUGACUAAUGUUGCUGUUUUUUUUUCUCUCUAUAUUUUUAGACAUGCAGACAAAUCGUCUUAGUAUUCUCACCUUCAAAGGUCAAACUGUGUUCCAGGAAACAGAACUGAUGUACUGAUUCAGUUGAUUGCAGUUCAUUGCCCAGUCGUUUCCUUUAGUUAAUUCUUUGUGGGCUCACAUAAUUGUGUGGUCUUUGUCUCUUUCCAAGUACUGACUAGAUUGUUUCCAGAUUACCUGAGAUUCUGACCAAUUCCUUUGUUGUGGUUGUGUCAUACUUUUGUCCAUGCACUAAUUGUAGGUGCCUUAAUUCCUGCCACUUCUUGGGUGGCAACCCGUGCCCUGUGGCGGGUCGCCUACAGUAGCCAUGUCCUACAGCCUCGCUUUAAACUAAAGAGUUUUUGUUCCGCCCUGUACAUGUCAUGCAUGAGGUAAUUGACACUGAGACAAAGAAAUACUUAGGUCAGCUGUGGAGUCCUAAACAUGGAGGCCUAUGGGAACAUGUGGUUUUUGGAGCCUCAAGUGGUCAUUGGGGGAACGUCAGCACUUUGGCAUGAUUAUUCUAACUUGGCUCCUGUAUCAUUCCAGUUGACUUAUUUUUUUUCUUUCUGCACAAUGAAAUAAACAAAGUUUGUUCAAACA